AUGGAGAGCGGCGCCGACGGGCGCCUGGACGCCGCCGCCUUCCUCGGGGCCUGGCGGCGCUUCGACGCCGACGACAAUGGUUACAUAGAAGGGAAGGAGCUUGACGAUUUUUUUCAUCAUCUCCUGGAGAAACUGGGACCAGAAAGCACCAUCACAGAAGAAGAAGUUCAGAGGAUGAAGGAGCAAUUCAUGUCUGUUUAUGAUGUCACCACAGAUGGACGCUUGCAAAUCCAGGAGCUUGCAAAUAUGAUGUUGCCGGAUGAUGAGAAUUUCCUACUGCUUUUCCGACGGGAAACUCCCUUGGACAACAGCGUGGAAUUCAUGCGGAUCUGGCGCAGUUACGAUGCUGACAGCAGUGGAUUUAUUUCAGCUGGUGAACUCAAAGAUUUCCUGCGAGAUCUCUUUUUGCAGCAUAACAAGAUAGUUGCUGAGGUAAAGCUGGAAGAAUAUACUGAUACUAUGAUGAAAAUCUUUGACAAAAACAAAGAUGGAAGACUGGACCUGAAUGACCUGGCAAGGAUUCUGGCACUCCAGGAAAAUUUCCUUCUACAGUUCAAGAUGGAUGCUUGCAGCACAGAAGAAAGGAGAAGAGAUUUUGAGAAGAUCUUUUCACACUAUGACGUUAGUAAAACAGGAGCGCUUGAAGGCCCAGAAGUGGAUGGAUUUGUCAAAGACAUGAUGGAACUGGUCAAGCCCAGCAUUAGUGGGGUAGACCUGGACAAGUUCCGCCAGAUCCUGCUCAACCACUGCGAUGUGAACAAGGAUGGGAAAAUUCAGAAAUCUGAACUAGCUUUGUGUCUCGGGCUGAAAAUUAACCCAUAGCUGGGAAAGUACUUGUGGUUGUGUUUCCCUUUAAAGAUUUGCCUGCUGCUCCUUGUAGAAGUGUGUUCUGUGCUGCUGUGGGAGUGGUGGGGAG